CGAGUCAUCUGGCAACCUAACCAUACACGUGCACGGGCGCCGUGCUUGUUUUUAUAAAUUUAUUUUUGAUUUAUAAGAGGAACCGAAUGUAAAAUGGGUUCAAAACGACCGCAGGAUGUGCACAUGUUCCCCUCGGAUCUGGAAUUUGCCGUUUUUACGGACGAGGAGAUCAGGAAGCUCAGUGUUGUGAAGGUGAUCACGGGUAUAACUUUCGAUGCACUUGGUCAUCCAAUGCCCGGAGGCUUGUACGACAUCCGUCUGGGUUCCUAUGGCAAGUGCAUGGAUCCCUGUGGCACCUGCUUGAAAAUGCAGGAAUGCUCCGGACACAUGGGCCAUAUUGAACUAGGGACUCCCGUCUACAAUCCAUUCUUCAUCAAGUUGGUCCAGCGGCUGCUGUGUAUCUUCUGUUUACACUGUUACAAGCUGCAAAUGAAGGACCACGAACAGCAAAUUAUCAUGCUGCAGUUGCGUCUCAUCGAUGCAGGAUACAUUAUCGAGGCCCAGGAGUUGGAGCUUUUUAAAUCCGAGAUUGUGUGCCAGAACACGGACGAACUAGUUACCCUGAAAAAUGGGGACUUAGUUCACCCACGUAUUGCCGCCAUGUAUGAACUGCUGGCCAAGAACGAGAAGAACUCUAGCAACUCCACAAAGACGAGUUGCUCCCUGCGCACGGCUGUUACCCAUGCCGCCCUCCAGAAGGCUGGAAAAAAGUGCAGACACUGUAACAAGUCUAUGCGGUUUGUGCGCUACAUGCACCGCCGUCUGGUUUUCUAUGUCACUUUGGCUGACCUUAAGGAGCGGGUAGGAGGCGCCGUAGAAACAAGUGGUCAAAACAAAGUGGUAUUUGCAGACGAAUGUCGUCGAUAUCUUCGCGAGAUCUACAAUAACUACCCGGAGCUACUGAAGCUCCUGGUUCCCGUCCUAGCUCUCAGCAACACGGACUCUACAGAUAGCGGCCGUUCACCAGUUGAUAUGUUCUUUAUGGAAGCAAUACCAGUGACUCCGCCACGCGCUCGGCCCAUGAACAUGAUCAACGACAUGCUAAAGGGCAAUCCCCAGACGGACAUAUACGUCCACAUCAUUGAGAACAACCACGUGCUAAAUGUGGUCAUUAAGUGCAUGAAGGGCAUGCAAGAGAAGCUUUCGCCUGAGGCCCAGGCGGCUUACAACAAUCUGAAGGGAGGAAACGCUCAUGAGAAGUUGUAUAAUGCCUGGCUGGCGCUCCAGACUUCUGUAGACGUGCUGCUGGACGUGAACAUGUCUCGAGACAUGAAGACAGCCGAGGGAUUGAAGCAGGUGUUGGAGAAAAAGGAAGGCCUGAUCCGGAAACACAUGAUGGGAAAGCGAGUAAACUACGCCGCUCGCACAGUCAUCACCCCGGAUCCCAAUAUAAAUGUGGACGAAAUCGGUAUCCCAGACAUUUUUGCCAAAAAACUCUCGUAUCCGGUACCGGUGACCGAGUGGAAUGUGACAGAGCUGCGCAAGAUGGUCAUGAAUGGGCCGGACGUGCAUCCAGGCGCGAACUACAUCCAGGAUAAGAAUGGCUACACCACAUAUAUACCCGCGGACAAUGCCGCAAAACGGGAGAGUCUAGCAAAGCUGCUCCUCUCGAAUCCUAAAGACGGAGUAAACAUCGUGCAUCGUCACGUGCUUAAUGGAGAUCCCUUGCUCCUAAAUCGACAGCCCUCUUUGCACAAGCCGUCGAUCAUGGCCCACAAGGCUCGUAUCUUGCGUGGCGAGAAGACCUUCCGCCUGCACUACUCCAACUGCAAGGCUUACAACGCUGAUUUCGAUGGCGAUGAGAUGAACGCCCACUACCCGCAAAGCGAAGUGGCCCGUGCAGAGGCUCACAAUCUGGUGAACGUGGCCAGCAACUAUUUGGUGCCCAAGGACGGAACACCCCUAGGUGGUCUAAUCCAGGAUCACGUUAUUUCCGGAGUGAAGCUCUCGAUUCGAGGACGUUUCUUCAACCGCGAAGACUACCAGCAGCUGGUGUUCCAAGGGUUGUCAAAUCUUAAAAAGGAUGUGAAAUUGCUGCCGCCGGCGAUCUUGAAGCCCGUCAGACUUUGGUCAGGCAAGCAAAUCCUUUCCACCAUUAUAAUCAACCUGAUUCCUGAGGGGUACGAGCGCAUCAAUCUGGAUUCAUUUGCAAAGAUUGGCGGCAAAAACUGGAACGUUGAUCGUCCCAGGCCUCCCCUGUGUGGAUCUGGGAUCAGGGACAACGAACUGGAUGAGAGCCAAGUGCAGAUCAGGAAAGGGGAGCUACUCGUGGGUGUUCUCGAUAAACAACAGUACGGAGCCACCACCUUCGGUUUGAUUCAUUGCAUGUACGAGUUGUAUGGAGGCGAUGUGUCCACCCGACUGCUCACCGCCUUCACCAAAGUCUUUACGUUCUUCCUUCAAAUGGAGGGCUUCACGCUGGGCGUGAAGGAUAUUUUGGUAACUGGAGAAGCGGAUAAACGCAGGCGGAACAUUAUUAAAGAGUGCCGCAGCGAUGUCGGUAACAGUGCUGUGGCUGCUGCACUGGAAAUGGAGGAGGUGCCGCCUCAUGACGAACUUGUCGAGAAAAUGGAACAGGCAUAUGUCAAGGAUCCAAAGUUCCGAGUGCUCCUGGAUCGUAAAUAUAAGUCCUUGCUUGAUGGAUACACUAAUGACAUAAAUAAAACUUGUUUGCCCGACGGUCUGGUCACCAAGUUCCCCUCCAACAACCUUCAGCUGAUGGUGUUAUCCGGUGCUAAAGGAUCCAUGGUGAAUACUAUGCAGAUCUCGUGCCUACUGGGACAAAUCGAAUUGGAGGGAAAGAGACCUCCGUUGAUGAUAUCUGGAAAGUCUUUGCCCAGUUUCACUUCGUUCGAGACCUCGCCAAAGUCGGGAGGAUUCAUCGAUGGCCGUUUUAUGACUGGCAUUCAGCCCCAGGACUUUUUCUUCCAUUGCAUGGCUGGUCGUGAAGGUCUUAUCGAUACAGCUGUAAAGACCUCGCGUUCUGGUUACCUCCAGAGAUGCCUCAUUAAGCAUUUGGAGGGCCUGAGUGUGCACUACGACCUUACGGUCCGCGACAGCGACAACAGUGUGGUGCAAUUCCUCUACGGCGAAGACGGUCUGGAUAUCCUCAAGUCCAAGUUCUUCAACGACAAGUUUUGUGCCGAUUUCCUCACGCAGAACGCUCCGGCCAUCCUUCGGCCCAGCCAGUUGCAGCAGAUGAAGGAUGAGGAGGGUCUGGCCAAGGUGCAGCGCCAUGAGAAGCACAUUAGGAGCUGGCAGAAAAAGAAGCCGGCGAAGCUACGUUCUGCCUUCACACACUUCUCGGAGGAGCUUCGGGAGGAGGUCGAAGUGAAGCGGCCCAACGAGAUAAACUCCAAGACAGGCCGACGCCGCUUCGACGAGGGUCUACUGAAGCUGUGGAAGAAGGCCGAUGCCGAGGAUAAGGCCCUUUAUCGGAAAAAGUAUGCCCGUUGCCCGGAUCCCUCGGUGGCUGUCUACAAGCAGGAUCUCUACUACGGCAGUGUAUCGGAGCGCACGCGUAAACUGAUCGAAGAUUACGCUAAGAGGAAACCGGAGCAAAAGGAGAUCAUUGCUGACAUUAUGCGCAUGAAGACCAUCAAGGCAUUGGCUUCGCCAGGAGAACCAGUGGGCCUGAUUGCCGCCCAGUCCAUCGGUGAACCAUCCACGCAGAUGACACUGAACACUUUCCAUUUUGCCGGUCGUGGUGAGAUGAACGUGACCUUGGGUAUACCUCGACUUCGGGAGAUUCUCAUGCUGGCCUCGUCCAACAUUAAGACACCCUCGAUGGAUAUUCCCAUUAAGCCUGGCCAGCAGCACCAGGCGGAAAAGCUGCGCAUUAAUUUAAACUGUGUGACUUUGGCCAACCUCUUGGAGUCUGUCCACAUUAGCACCAGUCUGGUUUUCGAACCGGAGCGAGCCUACGAAUAUGAGAUGCGCUUCCAGUUCCUACCGCGGGAGGUCUACAAAGAGGACUAUGGUGUGCGGCCCAAGCAGAUCAUUAAGUACAUGCACCAGACCUUCAUCAAGCAACUGAUCCGCUCCAUACUGAAGGUAUCCAAAGCCAAGCGAACCACGAAGAUUGUUGUGAUUGACGACAACAAAGAUGCUGAUCGGGAGGAUAAUGACAACGAUCUGGACAACGAUGAGCCGGGUCGUCAAAAGGGCGCAGACAAUGAUGACGACUCAUCGGAUGAUGGAGGAGAUGACGACGCCACUGGAGUGAAGUUGAAGCAGCGUAAGACCGACGAAAAGGACUACGAUGACCCUGACGAUGUCGAUGAGCUCCAAGACGCCAACGCUGAUGACGCCGAUGGCUCAGAUGUGGACGACGACGAGAAGGGCCAGGAUGGCAAGGAGAAUGCCGACGGGGAUGACAAAUCGGUGGAGAAGUUGCUAUGCAACGAAAUGGUGAAAGGUUACACCUACGACAAGGAGAGCCAUUUGUGGUGCCAGGUCAAACUGAACCUGAGUGUGCGCUACCAGAAGCCCGAUCUGACCUCCAUCAUUCGGGAGCUGGCGGGCAAGAGUGUGGUCCAUCAUGUGCAGCACAUUAAGCGCGCCAUCAUCUACAAGGGCGGCAAUGACGAGCAGCUGUUGAAGACCGAUGGCAUUAACAUUGGAGAGAUGUUCCAGUACAACAAGAUUCUCGACCUGAAUCGUCUCUACUCGAACGAUAUCCAUGCGAUUGCCAGGACCUACGGCAUCGAGGCCGCCUCGCAGGUGAUCGUCAAAGAGGUCAGCAACGUGUUCAAGGUCUACGGUAUUACUGUGGAUCGUCGGCACCUGUCACUCAUCGCUGACUACAUGACCUUUGACGGCACCUUCCAGCCGCUGUCCAGGAAGGGCAUGGAGCACUCCUCAUCGCCCCUGCAGCAGAUGUCCUUUGAAUCUAGUCUGCAGUUCCUGCGUAGUGCCGCCGGUUUCGGCAGACAGGACGAGCUCAACUCGCCUUCGAGUCGCCUUAUGGUGGGCCUGCCAGUGCGGAAUGGCACUGGUGCCUUUGAGUUGUUGACCAAGAUCUGUUAAUUCUUUUUUCUACGGAUUGUUUAGAGCUUUCA